UGAUAAUCGAUCUAAAUUGCAAUCUUUUUUCGCUGUUUCGAUAUUGGCCCAUGAACACCUCACUUAGUUGAGAGCUUUCUUCAAGUGAUAAUGCUCACGUUAUUCGUCAUUGGAAUAAUUGUCCUCGUCGGUCCGGCAUACGGGGAACGGAAAAGUUGUGAGGAAAAGCGCUACAAUGUCGUAUGCAAUCUGGCCAGCUGGUCAGUCUAUCGCGAAGAAGAAGGAGCGUUCAACAUAAGCUACAUCAUCCCGAGCUACUGCACCCAUAUCGUGUAUACGUUUGCUGGAUUGAAUCUGGGCGGCGGAAUAGAUUCAUUGGACUAUUAUAAUGACAUCAAUGCUUACAAGGGUUACCAGAAGAUCGUAGAGCUGAAAGAAGAAAACCCAUGUUUGAAGGUCCUUCUAGCAAUUGGCGGAUGGAAUGAGGGUUCCGAAAAAUAUUCUUUGAUGGCGGAAGAGAGUGAAACAAGAGUAGCAUUUGCUGACAGUGCGCUACGCUUUUUGGUGCACUUCGGGUUCGAUGGAUUGGAUGUCGAUUGGGAGUAUCCUACCAUGAGAGGUGGCGUUCCAGAAGAUCGAACAAAUUUCGUUCUACUUUUGCAAGCGUUGCGUGACAAAUUCAAGCGUCGGAACAAAAUUCUAUCGAUUGCGAUAAGCGGGUCUCCCAGUGUUAUCCAGGCGGCCUACGACAUGGCCCCCAUCUGCGAAGUUUGCGAUUUUGUUUCCCUAAUGGGUUACGAUUACAGUGUCAGAGACAAGACUAGUGUGGAUGGGCCACUCUAUUCGGAACCGGUUAUGCGAUCGGAGUCGAUAGACGGAGCCAUAUCCUACAUCCGCAAGAGUGGUUGUCCUUUAGAAAAGAUAAACUUGGGCAUCUCGACCAUGGCCAAAACGUAUACCUUGAAACCAGGAGCGACAGCCUCGAUUAAUACCGGAAUAGUCGUUCAGGGUCCCGGACGAGCCGGACCGUUUACCAAAUAUGCAGGUGCUUUAGGGUACAAUGAGCUGUGCGCGAUGUUGACUGAUAGUAAGGGAAAGACUGCCUUUUUGCGGAACGUGGGAGUCAAAGUGGUCGUUAUUGGUGACCAGUGGAUUACUUACGACGAUAGAGAAACGGUUGGAAUCAAGACAGAAUAUGUGAAGCAGAAGAAACUGGGAGGCGUCAUGUUUUGGACGAUCGACACGGAUGACUUCAUCGGAGACUGCUUCAAUCAAGCUUACCCGAUGGUGCUGGCUGCUAACAAGGUGUUUGGAUAUGUUGUAUAGGUGCUAAUGUGCCAUGUUUUAUAUUUAUAAUCCUUAUAAUAAAGUUGUUUGUGAUGCCUCAAUGGGA